GACAAAAAAUGGAACACACCAGCAGUGUGAGGAGACCUGAAAGUGGCACAUGGCAGAGUGUGGCGAUGGAGGCAGCAGCAAUGGGGCCGUACAGGGACCCAUGAGAGACUCUGGACUUGGCAGCAGCAUGAGGAGGCGGUAUAGGGGCCCAUGGCAGAUUAGGGGCCUGGCAGCAGCUAUGGGAGGCCCGUAAUCUGCCAGCACCCUAUGACAAAAAAUGGAACACACCAGCAGUGUGAGGAGACCUGAAAGUGGCACAUGGCACAAUGAGAGUGUGGCGAUGGAGACAGCAGCAAGAUGGGAGGCCGUACAGUGGACCCAUGAGAGACGUGGACCUGGCAGCAGCA